GUGACGUACGUCGGUAUCGAUUGCCGUUUGUGGAUGCAGUGGCUCUCGACCUCUAUAAAAGUCGGAGCUAAACUAUUAUAAUUAUCAUUACGCCAAGAGUUGUGGUUGCUGAGCUGUUGGACUUGUGUAGGCUAAAUAAAACCUGUACUGGUUAACUCUAGCUCGUUUAAACUCUGACACUCAAACUCAAUGGUUACUGUGAACAUGGACCUAAUUCUUAGUCCAUGCUGUGAUCAAUGAGCCUGAUGAAAAUCUAUUGACACAAUGGAUUCCAUCGCUAAACCAGUUCUGUACGUUCACUCUUCAGUCCGAUGUGAUAUCUGCGGGAGACACCCUGCUCGACACUAUUGUCGUCAUGACGCUUGCAAAGAACACAUUUACAUCUGCGACAAUUGCAUCUCUGCUCAUAACACGUACAAUGCACAACACGGUGACUUUCUGCAGUGUGUCGUAGUAAGUGAGGUGAAGAGUAAAUGUUGCGAGCCUGGACAUUCAGAGCGCCUUGCCGAUCACAUAUGUGUCCCUUGCCAGAAGCCUCUUUGUGAUGAUUGUCGUGAUGACCAUCAUGAUCGAGGGCAUGAUUUUAAUGAGAUCCAGAGCGCUGUUGCCGCGACAAAGAUCAAGAUCAGUAAAAGCUUGGAUCAACUGAAAGAGCAAGUGAAACACAAGCAGGAAAUGUGCGCUAAUGCUUUAGACCUUGUGGCAAGAGAUACUGACAAGUUAGAUGUGUUAAGUAAGGAAGUGAAAACAAACAUCAAUGAUGUUUGGCGGCUUAUUAAGGAUCAUGAAAGCAAAGUACUACAUGAACUUGAAGAUGAAAGGCAUCAGCUGCUCAAGGAUCUAUGGUCUUCUAUCACACCCAUUCAGGACCAAACAGCUGCAUCAUCCGAAGUAAUCUUUGACGCACAAGAAUUGAUUAUUUGCAGAUUAUUUUCUGACUCAAGUGUAUUUUUCUCUCACAGAAAUCCACAAACUCUUUUGCAGACUGUAAACUCCGAGUUGACUAAUGCGACUUUGUGGAUUCAUGCAAACAAGUUGUCUUUAAAUCUAAAAAAAACUAAUUAUAUGCUCUUUAGUAAUUGGAAGUACCAUAUUAGUAAGCUUUGUAAAUUAUUGUCACGAAAUACUGGUGUAAUUUAUAAAUUGAAAUCUGUGUCCCCGCUGAAUAUUUUACGUAUGUUGUACGCAACUUUAAUUUUGCCAUAUUUGCACUAUGGUGUGCUAGCUUGGGGCAACUCAUUCAAAUCUCAAAUGGAUAAAUUACUACUGGUACAGAAAAGAGUGAUACGAAUUGUUUGUAAUACUCACUAUCUUGCGCAUACAGAUGUUCUUUUUUGUAAUAGUGGUGUUUUGAAAGCUGAAGAUAUUUAUCAUUUACAACUAGGAGCUCUAAUGUAUGAAUUGAAUGCAGGUCUACUGCCAGUGGCCUUGGCUGGAAUAUUUAAGAAAAAUAACCAAGUUCAUAAUUAUUCCACACGACAGGCGCAAGCAUAUCACUUACCUCUUGUUAGAACGCAAUUUGCCCUUACUACUUUGGGGUCCACUGGGCCUAGGUUUUGGAAUUCCCUUGAACCAAGAAUAGCGCAAUCGGUCAGUAUUUAUGUAUUUAAGCGCAAACUGAAGUUACUGUAUUUGAGUCGAUAUCAUCUAGAUUUAUAGUUGUGAUCAAUAUUUAAGAAAAUUAUUUGCUAUAUAGGUCAGCUAAUUCUACUCCCGUUUCUAACAUCCAUUCAUCUGUCUGUCUUGUUUAGUUUUUGUCUGUAUUUCAUUCCUGUUGCUCGUAGUAUAUUCCUGUUCCAGUUGUUUAUAGCCAUUAUUUAGUACUCAGUAGAUUUAAUUGUACUUAUUUAUGUUUAAUAUUUUAUCAGUUGUUUAGUUAGUUUAGUUUUGUAAUCAUUUAAAUGUAUACAUUAUUCUUAUCUGACGAGUUUGUUCUUUUAGGACAUACUCAUGAACUACUCAUGAGGGACCUUAAAUCCACAAGCCUUGCUUUCAACCAAGGUCACCUCAUCUUUCUAUUGUAACGCCAUAUUCUG